AGCUGAGAGGCUGGUGUGAGAUUUCACUGUUUACUUAGUUGUUUGCACUGAUUCGUGUGCGCUUUAUUUGGGAUUAGAAGGAACAGGGUGAGGACAAGCAGCAAGGCGCACGGUGUAAAUAAAUAAAAAAUCAACAUUGGUAAAGCUCUUUAAAGUCUUAAAUGGUCGAGAGAGUUCAGCGGCUACCCUAGGUUAUUGUGGGAAUUUUUCGCGGGAUGAAAGUUGCCACCAGGGGCCGCGCGCAUUGGGGAUGUCCAAGGCACCGGUAGUGCACACCCACUAGGAACAGCGGUGGGCUGGCUGGAGGACGUGCUCACCGUAGGGUUCAGUCCCUACUGAUGACAAAGAAAGUGACCCAACCGAUGAAUUACUUGGGACGAGGUUAUGCCCGAGAGCCAAGAUGCUAUUGCCGUUUUUCCCCACGAAGAAACUGCGACGCAAUGGCAAACAUGUUCUGUUCGGGGUGAUUCUGCUGGUCGGAGCUGUGGCCGUCUACCAAGAGAUAGCUGCUAUAACAGCAUGGAGCAGUGAUACCGGUAUGAAUUACAAGCAUGGAAACAGCUGGAGAACAAUGUUUAAUGAAGGGGUCAGAAGGGACCAUCAACCAGACCAUAUGGAGGAUUCAGCUGCUCGGCGCUGCAGCUAUACUCCACAACCCUGGAAACCAGAGUAUAAAGGAAAGGCCAAUCUGCACGUCUUUGAGGACUGGUGUGGCAGUUCUGUAGCCGAACUUCGCAAGAACCUGCACUACCCACUGUAUCCUCAUUCCAGGACUACAGUGAAGAACCUGGCUGUCACUCCUCAGUGGACCAACUAUGGCCUCAGGAUAUUUGGUUACCUACAUCCAUUUACUGAUGGAGAAUUUGUGCUUGCUUUGAGCUCUGAUGACAACUCUGAAUUUUGGCUCAGCACGGACGACUCUCCGCUCAACUUACAAUUACUGGCAUGGGUUGGAAAGACUGGCAGUGAGUGGACAGCUCCAGGUGAAUUUGAAAAGUAUGCCAGUCAGACAUCCAGACCAAUUAGGCUAUUUGCUCAGAGAAGGUACUUUUUUGAAGUCAUCCACAAGCAGAAUGACAAAGGGACUGAUCACGUGGAGGUGGCAUGGAAGCUCCUGGAUCAGAGCUUCAGGUUCAUGGUUAUUGAAUCCAAGGACAUCUCCCUCUAUGUUGACGAGUCUGCUUUGUUGAUGAGUGAUGUUGCCCACAUACCACAGACGGCUGCAAGCUACCAACACACCCCCACAAAGCAAGACAAUGCUGCAGCAGACAUACUGAGAGAAGACCCGCGAGAUACUUUCUACCAGGUGCCGCUGAUAAACAGCAAGUUCCUGCAAGGGGUUUUGCCUGACUGCUUGUACAAACCCAGCUACACAGUCAAAGACUUCCAUCUGCUCCGCUACCAAGGACUGCAGUUUGUUCACAUGUCCUACAUCUACCCUUACGACUACACCCGACUCACACACAUGGAGACAGAGGACAGCUGCUUCUACCCUGAGAGCUCCUACUACAAGAAGAUGUUUGGUUUCUCCAGAUACAUGAGACUAGACCAUUCCGAUAUGCAGGGGAACAGAGAUGCAGUCAGAGAUUUUGGUUUCCAUGGGAGAAAAUUGGUCCCAGAUGAGGAGGAGGUUUACAAUGAAGCCUAUCAAAGAGAAAAGGAAUCCAGGCCUGACCAGAUAGAUGACACACUUUUACUAGACAAUGGAUAUCUUUAUAAUGAUUACACUCAGAGACGUGGGCGUAAACUCUUCUCCUUAGUCAUGCAAGAAACUAACAACACAUUGAAUUCUUCUUACAUAAGACAGAACAUAGAUACGUUGAACAGACGUACAGGUCAAGACAGUGUCCCAGCACCUCAGCCAAAGCCACAGAAACCAGCUGAGCCCAUGCUGUCAGUGACAACACAAGUCUCAAAACACCGCCUGCACAUGCAACAAAAACGAACAGAAUUGACAGUAGACGGCCCAGCUAAAAAAGUAAAACGGGUAAAACCAAAACAAAAAAGACCAGCAAAGAGACGAAUGAUAAAAUCAGUAAAGACUACCGUGACACCAGGAGCGGCAAAUCCACAGACACCAGUGGACGGAGACCAGCUUAAAGUGAAGGGACGACCAGUAGUCCCAUCAGAGCAGCUCACAUCUAAACAGAGUCUGCAUAAAGGGAACCAUACCCAAAUUCAGAAACCCAAACGCUCAAAGCGUCAACCCUCAGGGAGGGAUACUCCUCUGCCUAUAAAACCCACAGCAUCCAAGAAGGUGAUGUCUCUCACUAGACAAACGGAGCAGCAGCCAGCUGCCAACACAUUUUUCACUGUUCCCAUUUUUCACGAGUUUUACAACAGGGCUGAGAACAGGAGAGUCACCAAGGAUGGUGAGAGAGACUCUCUAUGGGGACCGAGAGGAGACUUUGAAGAUGAUGAGGAUAUUACCCCUGCACCGGUGUUUGACACAGAGAUCAACUGGAACCAGACCUUCCAGGUCAGCCAUCUGGACCUUCAGGCAGAGCGCUCAGAUUCGAUCGAUCUGCAAUGCAACAUCUCUGGCAACCUGCGGCUCCAGUCCCGUGAUGCUCUGCCCAUGGUCAAGGCUUUCAUGGACCGACUCAAUGAAAAGCACCAUGGGGAGUUCACAUUGGCACGAGUGAUUAACGUGGUGAAGCGUGUGGAUGGGUACCAGGGCAGUCGCUACCUUCUGGAGCUGGAGCUGAGACGCCCAAAUGGCCAGCUGGUGCGUCUGUCUCAGUACAUCUACGUUUUGACUGGCCUCAGCGGGCGACGCAGCAGGGAUUUUGGUUUCCAACAGCCAAAAGCUGAGCCGGUGCUGUGUAACCCAGUGGGCUUCCACUGGAAUCCUGUUGCCACUGUCCACUUCAUAGUCCCAGUGAAAAACCAGGCUCGGUGGGUGCAGCAGCUGAUCGCUGACAUGGAAACACUGUUCAGAGAAACCAGAGACACCAACUUCAACCUCAUUAUCACUGACUACAGCAGCACUGACAUGGACGUGAGGAAAGCUCUAGAGAAAUCCUCACUCCCUAGGUACCAGUAUGUGAAGCUACGUGGAAACUUUGAGCGCUCAGCUGGUCUGCAAGCAGGCAUCGACCUUGUAGAUGACAACCACAGCAUAGUGUUUCUCUGUGACCUUCACAUCCACAUCCCUCCCUCCAUCAUUGAUACCAUCAGGAAACACUGUGUGGAGGGUCACAUGGCUUUUGCUCCUAUUGUCAUGAGGCUGAAUUGCGGGGCAACACCACUGGAGGCCAGAGGUUACUGGGAGGUGAAUGGCUUUGGCCUGCUGGGAAUCUACAAGUCAGAUCUGGAUGCAGUGGGAGGAAUGAACACCAAGGAAUUCAGAGACCGCUGGGGAGGAGAGGACUGGGAGCUCCUUGACAGGAUCUUCCAGGCAGGACUGGAAGUGGAGAGGAUCUUCCUGCGGAACUUCUACCACCACUAUCACUCUAAACGUGGUAUGUGGAACCGGCAGGUGAUACCCAGCCACAGGUGACCUUGUCACCUACUGGUGCACCAUGACAACCACCGUGACCAGAGCACUUUAAGUCCGGAACUUGAUUCCUGCUACAUAAUCAUAAUACCUGCUGACCAAUAAAAACAAUGAUACAGGAUGCUGACCUGUCAUACAUAGGAUUGAUGCUGUCUUCAUUCACUCAAGCUUUGUAAAACAGCAAAUGACAAGUGGCAGCAGUGAAGGUCGUUGCUAAGGAGAUGCUAAUAAUAGACUCGAUGGAUGUACUGACUACUAAGAGGGUACUGGCUGACAAGUGCCAUUGACUAUAAAUGAAGAUAAUGUUGCACAUCAUGUUUCUGGCUGAGACCGUGAUGUUCUGCACUACUGGCUGCAAGGAACUGGUCUGGCCCAAAGACGAAACAUAAAUUAGGGGGUGUAUACAUACAAGUGUCCUUUAUCAUAAAGAUCACAAGCUUUGCACAUGAGUCUUCACUGCAGGAACAAAAAAAACAAAGUUUAGUUUGUGACUAAAUUAAGUCUUUGUAUUUGAUUCCAGAUUGUGAAUAUGGAAAACACAGCCUUAGUUCUCAUCUUUUAAAUUAUGAAAAACUUCAUAUUUAUUUUAGCAACAUUUGUGGGAUUUUUCUUUUUCUAGAAACAAUGACAUUGCAUGUGUACCUCAAUCUGUUUGUUUUAGGAAACCUUCCCUACUUGUCCUCAUUUAUAUUAUUAGUGCCUUCUGCUGUGACUGUUAUUCAGGUAAUGGGGGCUGUUUUUACAGAAUCAGGAAGAGCCUUAAACUUGAAAACUGAUUAAAUAAGAAAAAGAAACGCAGUCAAAUCCAAAAAUGACUUGACAUCGUUCACACUGAUGAGAUAUCAGAAAACUGAACCAGCGCAUUACUGUGUGAAUUUUGAAUGUUUCUCAUUUCUGCCAAUAACCUCUAUACUGUCAUGCAAAGAUAGCAGUUGAAAGUUGAGUAGUGCAGAAACUUUUGUUUUGAACAUGGCAGCCUACUGAAAAUCUGUCUAAAUACUUCACUGAGGGCCAUUUUUGUCAAGACCUGAUUUUACUGUAAUUUAUGUAUGUGGUCAUGUCCAAAUAUCCUUUUUAUUGAUUUACCUGCUGAAUCAAAUGCAUGAAUUAUUUUUUUGACUCCGUCUGUGAAGCUUAACAGUUAAUUGUUUUUGCUGUCAAUACAGUAAAAUGGAUAGGAAAAGUAGUGGGUGAAAAUGAUCUUGUGUAUUUAUCAUAUUGUUUUAUUAUUUAUGACUAAUGGUACAAUUUACUGGUCAUUCACAUUCCGGUUUAACAAACUUGUGCAUUUCUUCUUCAUUUCAAAUUAAUAUAUGUUGAACUGUUUCACAUUUACAACACAAUUCGGGUCUGAUGUCAGAUGAUGAUGGUUUUAUUUUAUAAACACUGCCAAGAGUUGUAUAAUGCUUUAUCUUUUUUUCUUGUAAAUCUGGAAAAAAAAAAUUUUUGUUUUGGCUCAAAUGUUUUUCUGUGUUCCUCUGUCACUCUUCAUCUCCUGUACUUCUUGUUUUUAGAUAUACCUCAUCCUUGUUUUUAUGUUGGGAGUUAACCUCUGCCUUAUUCUGUGGUUUUGGAGUCUCUUCUCUCAGGGAAGAUUUUACCAUUUUACACUGCCUUGACAAUUCUGAGGAAU